CCACAUCGUGACUCGUUAGUUUGUGCGGUGGAUCAGUGAAUUUGGUGAAAUAUUUAUCAGAGUUAAUAAUCGAAUACUUAGUAACACAGGUGAAGUGAAUCAACAGUGAGUGAACCAACGAGAAAACCGAGUGUUUUUCUUUCCGUGUCAAGAAUAUCAUCUCAGCAGCUGACGAAAAUCAACCGCAAAGGAAUUUAGUCUGUCCUCGUGUAGCGUCUGACAAGCGGUAUAUCAGCGAUUGCAGAGCGAUUCUCUCAAGGUGGAUUGAUUCUAUUACUGCUAAUUCUUCAGGGAGCCCGAUUGCCUGUGAAAAGUCAGUUCCACCAAAACAAGAAAAAAUGAAAAUGCUUACCGACGGUGGGCACAGCAGAGGUGCAGUGAUCGAUGACAGCGCCAACUACUCGAUACGUUGGGAUAAAAUGGUGGCUUGAGGCACGGCCCGUGAAUCGUGUCGCUUGAAAUCACCUUUUCUUUAAUCAAUUGGUCAUAAUUGAACAGUUUUGUAACUCAUAAAUUGGCGAAAUGAAUGCCAUCCCGGGAUCCAUUGCGUUCGACGAGUACGGCAGGCCGUUUAUCAUCCUGAGGGAUCAGGACAAGCAGAAAAGGCUCACCGGCCACGAUGCGAUAAAGUCUCACAUUUAUGCUGCUCGUAGCAUCGCCAGCACCCUGCGCUCCUCCCUCGGUCCUAAGGGUCUCGACAAACUGCUGGUUAGUCCUGAUGGUGACGUAACAGUCACCAACGAUGGUGCGACAAUCCUCAAGAAAAUGGACGUUGACCAUGAGAUUGCUAAACUCAUGGUCCAGCUUUCGCAGUCGCAGGACGAUGAAAUUGGAGAUGGAACCACUGGGGUUGUAGUCCUGGCUGGAGCUCUGCUUGAACAGGCAGAGGCACUGCUGGACAAAGGCAUCCAUCCCAUCAGGAUUGCCGAUGGAUACGAAUUGGCAGCACAAUGUGCCGUUAAGCACUUGAACACCAUUGCUGAAUCUUUUCCAGUGAAUCCGGAUGACUUGGAACCCCUGAUCAAGACAGCUAUGACUACUCUUGGGUCUAAAAUCAUCAACAAAUGCCACAGAAAAAUGGCAGAAAUCGCUGUGAAUGCCGUGAUGGCAGUAGCAGAUCUUGAGAAACGAAACGUUAACUUUGAGUUAAUAAAACUUGAAGGCAAGGUUGGUGGAAGGCUGGAGGAUACUGUUCUCGUUCGUGGAGUUGUCGUGGAUAAGGACUUCAGUCAUCCCCAGAUGCCUAAGAGACUGGAAGAAGUGAAGUUAGCAAUCUUGACCUGUGCAUUCGAGCCACCGAAGCCCAAGACCAAGCAUAAGCUUGAUGUUACCUCGGUGGAGGACUACAAGAAGCUCCGUGAAUACGAAACGAAAACAUUCAUCGAGAUGGUGGACAAGAUCAAGGCUACUGGGGCAACAUUAGCCAUUUGCCAGUGGGGCUUUGAUGAUGAGGCUAAUCAUCUUCUUCUUCAGAAGCAAUUGCCAGCGGUUAGGUGGGUCGGUGGCCCUGAAAUCGAGCUCAUCGCCAUUGCCACCGGUGGCAGAAUCGUUCCCAGGUUCGAGGAGUUGACUACAGAUAAGCUUGGAUAUGCUGGUGUCGUCAGGGAGAUGUCAUUCGGUACCACCAAAGAUAAGAUGCUUGUCAUUGAGGAGUGCAAGAACUCGAAAGCUGUAACCAUUUUCAUCCGAGGUGGAAACAAAAUGAUUAUUGAAGAGGCUAAGAGAUCCCUCCACGACGCUCUCUGUGCAGUCCGUAAUUUGGUUACCGAUGAGAGGAUUGUCUACGGUGGUGGUGCAGCUGAAAUUUCCUGCGCAAUUGCUUGUGCAGAGCAGGCAGAUAGCAUCAGCUCCCUGGAGCAAUAUGCCUUCCGUGCAUUCGCCGAAGCCCUCGAGGCCAUCCCCAUGGCCCUCGCUGAGAAUUCCGGUCUCUCAUCAGUCGAUGCUCUGGCUGAGGCCAAAGCCCUCCAGCUCUCGGAAAAGAACUCAGCCCUGGGAAUCGACUGCAUGAACCGUGGGACAUGUGACAUGAAGGUUCAGAAUGUCAUUGAAUCUCUCAAGAGUAAAACGCAACAGAUUUUCCUAGCCACCCAGCUCGUUAAAAUGAUCCUCAAGAUCGAUGACAUUCGAUCACCGGCUGAUCCUUCGGAUUACUAAUUCAUCAGAAAAAUUUUCGUUUUUUUUACAAGUCGCUUCAUUCACAUUUAAACAAUUUUUAAUCGUUUUUCGUCACAGAAAAGACUACAAUCUAAUGUGACAUGUGAAAAUGGUACUCAAACGCUUAUUUAUAAGGCAAAUAAAAAGUUGUAUUAAUAAAAUAA